UGCUGAGCGGGUGAUGGAGAAUUCAAAUAUGCGCCUAUGCUGAAAGAGUGGAAGCAAUGGAUCAGACUGCAGCCUGGCCAAACAAACUGCUGUCUCUACUACCUUUCUAAAUGCAAGGUGCUUCUGGUUUGACAGCAGAUGCCGCAGGGAUGUAGAGCUGAAGGAAUUUUUAUGAUUUACCAAAAUAUGAGGGGAACUCAGCGAGGACAUCAGAACGGGGAUGCCCCUGUCUUCUGUCUUCAGUGAUGCCUUACUUCAUGUGCAUCCUUUGUAUGCUAUGCUGUUUCUAAACAGUAGAAACACUAACAAUAAGAAGUCAGCAAGGUGGAUUGGCUGAUCAGGUGCAUUUCUCUUUUGGAAGAGAUGGUCCUGCUCAUGAAACUUCUGUUCCUCACCUGCCUGUGGCCAACAGCAGUGCUACACAGUUCUCAAAAUCAGCAUCACCAUCUUCAUCAUCGGCAACAGUUCUCAUUCUUAACAAAGCAUACCAGCAAACAAAUUAAAAUGAGGAAACUUGACAGCACGAAAGUACAGCCACUUAAAUCUGAGCAGCUUCUUCACAUAGAGGACCAUGAUUUUGCACUGAGACCUGGAUUUGGAGGGUCGCCAAUACCUGUGGGCAUUGAUGUGCAGGUAGAAAGCAUUGACAGCAUAUCUGAAGUUGACAUGGACUUCACAAUGACUUUAUAUCUCAGACAUUACUGGAAGGAUGAGAGACUUUCAUUUCAUAGUAACAAAAACAAAAGUAUGACUUUUGAUGGAAGACUGAUAAAAAAGAUCUGGGUACCUGAUGUAUUUUUUGUACACUCCAAAAGAUCAUUCAUCCAUGAUACAACUGUGGAAAACAUCAUGCUCCGAGUAUACCCUGAUGGCAAUGUACUCUUCAGUCUACGAAUAACAGUUUCUGCUAUGUGUUUCAUGGAUUUCAGUAGGUUUCCUCUGGACACUCAGAACUGUUCUCUACAACUAGAAAGUUAUGCCUACAAUGAAGAUGAUCUGAUGUUAUACUGGAAACAUGGAAACAAGUCCCUGAGCACAGAUGAGCACAUCUCCCUCUCCCAGUUUUUCAUCGAAGAAUUCAGUGCUUCCAGUGGACUAGCUUUUUACAGCAGUACUGGUUGGUAUAAUCGACUUUUUAUAAACUUUGCACUCCGAAGACAUAUUUUCUUUUUUGUUCUACAAUCCUAUUUCCCAGCCAUGCUGAUGGUGAUGCUGUCUUGGGUUUCAUUUUGGAUUGACAGAAGAGCCGUUCCUGCCAGGGUAUCGCUAGGUAUAACUACAGUGCUGACAAUGUCAACCAUCAUGACAGGAGUAAGUGCCUCAAUGCCUGAAGUGUCUUACAUAAAGGCUGUGGAUGUGUACUUGUGGAUCAGCUUCCUUUUUGUCUUCCUGUCUGUCAUCGAAUAUGCAGCAGUGAACUAUCUCACCACGAUUGAGGAGAGAAAGCAACUCAAAAAAAGGGGCAAGGCUUCAGGAAUGUAUAGCAUUGAUGCGGUGCAAGCAAUGGCUUUUGACGGCUGCUUUCACGAUACGGAUGUGGACAUGGAACUGACUGAUUUCUCCGACCACUGCGAAGAGAAUGAGACUCGGGCACGUGCAGCCAGCAUCUCCGAUGUGGACACAACUCAAAUAAAGAGGAAGAGAUCUCUGAAGGGAAACGUGGGCAGGAUUAUUUUAGAGAACAAUCAUGUUAUUGAUACAUACUCCAGGAUUAUAUUUCCCAGUGUGUAUAUUGUGUUCAACUUUUUUUACUGGGGUUUGUACAUAUGAAUGAAAACUGUUAUAAGCUAGAUAUACAGCACUAUAUAUAAGCUUAUAAUGCUAUACAUUGCAGGGUAGCAUUGUGCUUUAAAAAUAAUGCAACAGCAGUAGAAGAAAGGGUUAAAAGUUUCCAAAACCAAGUUUUGUGCAUCAUCACAAGGCUGGUUUGGUUAGCAGCAAAACUGUUAAUGAAAAACUCUCACAUGUUUGGUUUCUUUUUCAAUUACAUUGUGCAAUUGCAAAGCUACAAUUGCAAUAGAGCAAUCUAAUGCACAUGCUAUUACUGCAGUAGCCUUGAAGCAGUUUGCUCACUGAGAGACCCCUUUGUCACACACCUAAACAGACAGCAGCUCCCACCUGAGGUAUUAUCCAGUCUCUAUCUACACUCUAACCAUUCAUCUUUGAUGAGCCUUUCUGUUUGUUCUCCACUUGUGGUCCAUUUUAGUAGGCAGUUGGCACCAAUCGCCUUCAGAUAGCUCCCAUCCUUAUUUCAUUUGCUGCAUUUCGAUUUUGCUAGCCAACCUGUAUGCACCUCAGCAGCCUUUGUCCUCGGAUGGUAACUUCAGCAAAAAUGAUUAUAGCUUAACAGUGGAGUAGGGACCAGCAGAAAAGCAGGAAGCAGAGCUGAUGGGGCUUUGUACAUCGUGCAUCAUCAGCACCUCAAGUAAAACCUUCACCCUGUCAGCUGUCCCUGACUUUCCACAGGACCAUUGGGAAGAGCCUCUAAUUUGGAGAAAUUUUGCUCACUAGUCCCUGAGGCAGCACAGGAACAAUGUCCCAGACCUGAUGCACUCGGUAUCUUACAGUCACCUCCCAGGUGGACAACUAAGGUCACCUGCACAAGCCAUGCCCUUCCUGUGACACCUACACACCUGUGCCUCACGUAGACCUGCUUUCUGCAUAACUGUUAAUUUCAGAAACAUGGGCUUCGAGGCAGAGAUUAUAGAAAACAGUGUCAAGAAAACAAACAAACUACAUCUCCAGCAGAAUCUGGUUCUUCUCCUUUAUGUUGCAUACAUGAGCUUGGGGUUUUGCCCCCUCCCUCUCCCUUUGGCUUUUGAGAUUGAAUGUUCCAGUGAGAAGCUACGUAUGCCCGCUUCCAGCAGUGUUCCCCAGCACAGCUCAAGGUACCAUGCUGAGACACACAGGCAAUAAAAGGAAGCAGCUGUGGCAAAACAGAGCCAUAUACAGGAACCCUGUCAGUCCCAGAUGAAUCCUGCAUGGAAAUAUCCUUAGGUUCAGGCUAAGGAGGUUGAAUUAAGGAUGAUCAAGGGGACACACACACAGUGUUCACAGAUUCUAGAAAAGAAUUAAGAUUAUUUUUGUGAUUUUCCCAAAUAAGGAGCAUUUUCCACUUAAAUUCCUUGGGUUUGACUGUCAUUUAAUGAAGUAAGUUUGUAUUUACAAAGUCAGUUCAAAAUGAUAAUUUUUGGUGGCAAAAAAUGUCACAAGGUAAAUUCUUGGUCAUUGCUUGGUCACAAUUAGGAAAUGGGAAUAAACUUGGAAGCCUGAACCACUCUCUGGUUUAUUUAAUUUUCCUGCUCCAAAAUGGCUUGCUUAUAGCAUGGGAAUGUCUCCUACCCUUUCCAAAAGCUGCAUUUGUCAAGCUCUCAAUUACAGAGCUGGAGAGGCUGGUGACACACUGCAUGCCAGGUGAUUGAAAUCUGAUGGAGUGAGUGGGUACUUUGGCAGCCAGUUCGCUGCCAAACAAAUGAUCAGAGCUAAAACGGCUUUGAUACUCUUCCAGGAAAUCCUGUCAUGGAAAGCAGAACUGUACCAGGAAUGACAAUGCUGGGAAUGUAAAGCCAACAGACACGCAGGCUUUGGCAACAGCAACAGUGCACUAGACCUCAAGCUGAGCAAAUGUGCAAUAUGAAUAUAUAAAAAAAUACCACGACAUGCUCGUUACUACACUGCCAUUAUGGAGGCAUCCUGCACAGAUGUUCAAGAUUGCCUGACAAGAUCCCAUCUAAUUGCUCCAGAUGUGUAAUAUGUGUCUGGAACUUCUCAUGUGAACUAACACAACAUCAUUGUUUUCACAUAAUCUUUUUUACCUGCCUUACAGGAAGAGGUAUUCACUGCACAGUCAACAAUGAAUCCUCAGCCUCUAACAGAAAAAACACCCAUGUGCUUCUUGACCCAAAACAGUUCCCUCUUCUAAAUUUCUUAUAGGAUCUGCAGCAGCAAAAGUCCCGCAGUGCAGCAUGCCCGAGCCCCGUGCAGGCUGUCCAGCAAACAGGCCUACACAUGGAAGCGUGCAGGAAAAGAGAUUCCUGCCUGUAGUGGACUUCCAGGAACAUCCCAUAUAGGUGCCCCAAAGCUGCACAUCUAGCUUUGAGGGAGGAAACCAUUAGUUACUUUGCAACUGUGACUGUAACCAUUGGCAAAGCAUUCUCCCCACAGAGAGUACUACACAGCAAGUUUUAUUAUAUAAUGAAGAAGAUUGCACGUUAUGAUGAUGAAACUUAACUGCAUAUUUUUACAGCCAAGCUUAGAUUUUCUAUCGUCUUAAUGCAGUGACAGGGAUAUCAGGAUCAAUUAUACUUCAAAAAUCUAUUGCUUGUAAAUACAGUAAAAAAUAACAAACAGUAUUUACAUACAUUAUUUCUAUUUGUUUCAAGGGAGCUAGAGGGCUGAUUAAAACUCACAUAACCCUCAUCUGAAGCUUGCAUUAUCUUCCAGAAAGGGAUGGUAACAAACAGUCAAUUUGUCUAGACAGACCAGCAUGGAAGUCCUUAAAAAAACAUUCACAAGUAUUUCCCAUUCCUGUUACUUGUGGCUGGUUUUACAGUCAAGUCAAAUGUAUGGGUUUUACUUCCCACAGCAUUUACUAUAAGUUAAAACAUCAUGGCCAUUAUGUAAAUACAUAUUUGUUCGAGUGUUCAUCCCAGUGGUAUUCAAGCAGCUAUGCCAAGAGUACUUUGUGGAUUUUGGAACAGAAAUAACAGCUUGUAAUGGUCUCUGUGACCAGCUGAGGUGCAGGAUGUGGCCUCCCUAUUUUUAGCAUGUGCUGCUACACCCAUCUGUAGGAAGAAAACAUCCUGUAAGUGUUCAUGUAGGUGAUGCAGACUUUUAAGUCUGGAGAACUACUUCUUCAAAGCUUUAUAAUACUCAUGAAAGAAGUAAGCAGAAUUUCAUGCCAGUGACCUAUUUUUCAGACAGUCAUGAAAAUGUGUGCCUUUGAAUAUCCCAACUAUUGGCGUUUACACUAAACUAUUCACAAUUUAAUACAUUUUGCAGUGUCCUGAAAGUUGAGUGACAUUGUGAUGAACUAAGAAAGAGUCAGAAUUAGAAAGUAGAGAAUGUCUCCUUUUUAUUCUAAAGUCACAGCCCAAUGAAAGAAAAAUGCUUUGUAGAGAGACUUAAAUUCUACUAAUUUGUAAACAUUUGUACCAUUAGGACAACCUUAGGUUCACCACACUCUCUCUCUGGUAACCCAUCCACAUGCUGAUUAAUCUCUAUUUCAUGAUCAAGUGGCCACUGUGUUUUGGUCAGCUGGUGACCAAAGUGGUCCAGGUUGAUAAAGGAACAAGGACUGAACAGGAUGAGCAGUGUUUGCCUUUUUCUCUCCUCCCCCCCCCUUUUACCCUGUAUUACAUUUUGCCAGUUUCUUUAUUCAGCACGUAGGAGUUUGCCGGAUGCAUUCCUGAACACAGAACCCACUGGAAUUACAUAAUAUGUGUUCCAAAGAGAUCCAGCUAGUGCCAGGGAAGCAGGCGUUAUUACGGUGUAACAACUACAUCAACAAGGAGGAACAGGACUAGCAAAUCAUUUUCUACAAAGAGAGGGAUUUGAACUGGUAUUUUAAGUAUGAAAGGCUCUAUUAUUUUCCUCCAGGAGUUGUUGAUAGAACACAGGCCCCUCUCCUAUCUGUCACUGAAAGGUCUUUCUAGUAACUUA